CGGGCGGUGGUGCCGUUGCCGCAGUGACAGUACGGGGGAGUGGGAAGAUGGCGGCGUCGCGUCGCUCUCAGCAUCAUCACCACCAUCAUCAACAACAGCUCCAGCCCGCCCCAGGGGCUUCGGCUCCGCCACCGCCACCUCCACCGCCGCUCAGCCCGGGCCUGGCCCCGGGACCCACCCCAGCCUCUCCCACGGCCGGCGGCCUGGCGCCCUUCGCCUCCCCGCGGCACGGCCUGGCGCUGCCGGAGGGGGAUGGCAGCCGGGACCCGCCCGACAGGCCGCGAUCUCCCGACCCGGUGGACGGCGCGGUCUGCACGGUGGCAGCUACGGCCGCUGUCCCGGCAGCUUCCGCCGCCGUCGGGGUCGCUCCCAGCGCAGCCGGCGGUGGCGGUAACAACUCGGCGUCGUCCACGUCUUCCCCGACUUCGUCUUCCUCCCCGUCCUCCCCUGGCUCGAGCUUAGCGGAGAGUCCCGAGGGGACCGGAGUUGGCUCCGCUGCAACUUUGGGACCCGGGGCGGCGGGCCUCGGCCCGGGGGUCCCAGCCGUGAGUGGGGCCCUGCGGGAGCUGCUGGAGGCCUGUCGCAAUGGGGACGUGUCCCGGGUGAAGAGGUUGGUGGACGCAGCGAACGUGAAUGCAAAGGAUAUGGCCGGUCGAAAGUCUUCGCCCCUCCACUUUGCAGCAGGUUUUGGAAGGAAGGAUGUGGUAGAGCACUUGCUGCAGAUGGGUGCUAAUGUCCAUGCUCGGGAUGAUGGCGGCCUCAUCCCCCUUCACAACGCCUGUUCCUUUGGUCAUGCUGAGGUCGUGAGUCUGCUACUGUGCCAAGGAGCAGAUCCUAAUGCCAGAGAUAACUGGAACUAUACUCCUCUGCACGAAGCUGCCAUUAAAGGGAAAAUUGAUGUCUGUAUCGUGCUGCUGCAGCACGGAGCGGAUCCAAACAUUCGGAACACUGAUGGGAAAUCAGCUCUGGACCUGGCAGAUCCUUCAGCAAAGGCUGUCCUCACAGGUGAAUACAAAAAAGACGAACUCCUAGAAGCUGCUAGGAGUGGUAAUGAAGAAAAGCUAAUGGCUUUACUGACUCCUCUAAAUGUGAAUUGCCAUGCAAGUGAUGGGCGAAAGUCCACUCCAUUACACCUGGCAGCGGGCUACAACAGAGUUCGGAUAGUUCAGCUGCUUCUACAGCAUGGUGCUGAUGUUCAUGCAAAAGACAAAGGUGGACUUGUACCUCUUCAUAACGCAUGCUCAUAUGGACACUAUGAGGUCACAGAACUUCUGUUAAAGCAUGGCGCUUGUGUGAACGCUAUGGAUCUGUGGCAGUUCACGCCACUCCACGAAGCUGCUUCCAAGAACCGUGUAGAAGUCUGCUCUUUGUUACUCAGCCAUGGCGCUGACCCUACCUUGGUCAACUGCCAUGGCAAAAGUGCUGUUGAUAUGGCUCCAACUCCUGAGCUCCGGGAAAGACUGACGUAUGAAUUUAAAGGCCAUUCUUUACUACAAGCCGCCAGAGAGGCAGACCUAGCCAAAGUUAAAAAAACACUUGCUUUGGAAAUCAUUAACUUCAAGCAACCACAGUCCCACGAAACAGCACUGCACUGUGCUGUGGCCUCCUUGCAUCCCAAACGAAAGCAGGUGGCAGAACUGUUACUUAGGAAAGGAGCCAAUGUCAAUGAAAAAAACAAGGAUUUCAUGACCCCUUUACAUGUUGCAGCUGAAAGAGCUCACAAUGACGUCAUGGAAGUCCUGCAUAAGCAUGGAGCAAAGAUGAAUGCACUGGACAGUCUUGGUCAGACUGCUUUGCACAGAGCCGCCUUAGCAGGCCACCUGCAGACCUGCCGCCUUCUGCUGAAUUAUGGCUCUGACCCGUCCAUCAUCUCCCUGCAAGGCUUCACAGCAGCGCAGAUGGGGAAUGAGGCGGUGCAGCAGAUUCUGAGUGAGAGCACUCCUAUCCGCACUUCUGAUGUGGACUAUCGGCUCUUGGAGGCAUCGAAAGCUGGUGACCUGGACACUGUGAAGCAACUCUGCAGCCCGCAGAAUGUGAAUUGCAGAGACCUGGAGGGCCGGCAUUCCACACCUCUGCACUUUGCUGCAGGCUAUAACCGCGUGUCUGUUGUGGAGUACCUUCUGCACCACGGAGCUGACGUCCAUGCGAAAGACAAGGGUGGCUUGGUGCCCCUUCAUAACGCUUGCUCCUAUGGACACUAUGAGGUGGCUGAGCUCCUGGUGAGGCACGGGGCUUCUGUCAAUGUGGCAGACUUGUGGAAAUUUACUCCUCUCCAUGAAGCAGCAGCCAAGGGGAAAUACGAAAUCUGCAAGCUUCUCCUGAAACAUGGAGCAGAUCCAACUAAGAAGAACCGAGAUGGAAAUACACCUCUAGAUCUGGUCAAAGAGGGAGACACAGACAUUCAGGACCUACUGAGGGGGGACGCUGCCCUGUUGGAUGCUGCCAAGAAGGGCUGCCUCGCCAGAGUGCAGAAGCUCUGUACGCCAGAGAACAUCAACUGCAGAGACACCCAGGGCAGAAACUCAACGCCUCUCCACCUGGCAGCAGGCUACAAUAACCUGGAAGUAGCUGAAUACCUUCUAGAGCAUGGCGCUGAUGUCAAUGCCCAGGACAAAGGAGGCUUGAUUCCGCUUCACAACGCAGCAUCUUACGGGCAUGUUGACAUAGCAGCGUUACUGAUAAAAUACAACACAUGUGUAAAUGCAACGGAUAAGUGGGCCUUUACUCCCCUUCAUGAAGCUGCCCAGAAAGGAAGGACACAGUUAUGUGCCCUACUCCUAGCACAUGGCGCAGACCCAACCAUGAAGAACCAAGAAGGUCAGACACCUUUAGAUCUGGCAACGGCUGAUGACAUCCGAGCUUUGCUGAUAGAUGCCAUGCCCCCUGAGGCCUUACCUACCUGCUUUAAACCUCAGGCAACUGUCGUUAGUGCCUCUCUGAUCUCACCAGCGUCCACCCCCUCCUGCCUCUCCGCUGCCAGCAGCAUAGACAACCUCACUGGCCCUUUAGCAGAGCUGGCCGUAGGAGGGGCCUCCAAUGCAGGGGAUGGCGCCGCAGGUGCGGAAAGGAAGGAAGGAGAAGUUGCGGGUCUUGACAUGAAUAUCAGCCAAUUCCUUAAAAGCCUUGGCCUCGAACACCUUCGGGAUAUCUUUGAAACAGAGCAGAUUACACUAGACGUGUUGGCUGAUAUGGGCCAUGAAGAAUUGAAAGAAAUAGGCAUCAAUGCAUAUGGACACCGCCACAAGUUAAUCAAGGGCGUGGAAAGACUUUUAGGUGGACAACAAGGAACCAAUCCAUACUUGACUUUUCACUGUGUGAAUCAGGGAACUAUUUUGCUAGAUCUUGCUCCAGAAGAUAAAGAAUAUCAGUCAGUAGAAGAAGAGAUGCAGAGUACCAUUAGAGAGCACAGAGAUGGCGGGAAUGCUGGUGGCAUCUUCAACAGAUACAACGUCAUUCGGAUUCAAAAAGUUGUGAACAAGAAGCUGAGGGAACGAUUCUGUCACAGACAAAAGGAAGUGUCUGAGGAGAAUCACAACCAUCACAAUGAACGCAUGCUGUUCCACGGUUCUCCUUUCAUUAAUGCAAUUAUUCAUAAAGGGUUUGAUGAGCGACAUGCAUACAUUGGAGGGAUGUUUGGAGCUGGAAUUUACUUUGCCGAAAACUCUUCCAAAAGCAACCAGUAUGUUUAUGGGAUCGGAGGAGGAACCGGCUGUCCCCCACACAAAGAUAGGUCAUGCUAUAUAUGUCACAGACAAAUGCUCUUCUGUAGAGUGACCCUUGGAAAGUCCUUUCUGCAAUUCAGCACCAUGAAAAUGGCACAUGCUCCUCCAGGGCAUCACUCGGUUAUUGGCAGGCCAAGUGUCAAUGGACUGGCAUAUGCUGAAUACGUCAUCUAUAGAGGAGAACAGGCAUAUCCAGAGUAUCUCAUCACCUACCAGAUCAUGAAGCCAGAAGCCCCUUCACAGACCACAACGGCCGCAGAGCAGAAGACCUAGUGAUUGCCCCUGGUAAAGGCCAGAGUGAUUCAGAUCUGCGUCUGGAUUAUAGUGGAUUGCUCCCAACAACAACAACAAAAAUCAAAGUUCUCUAAAUCCCAACAGCCAAGAAGUGAGCUGUUUGUCUAUUAUAAAGCAGUGCCAGAGUGCUGGUGCAGAGUGAGCGACUGAGCACACUUACCUGCCGUGUUCCCUGGGAGGAACAUGGCUCAGGCUCAGUUCAUGACAGUUUCCCAUUUCUCAAGCAAGAUGCCUUGCUCGAUGUGGAAAUGGGAAAGAGAGUAUGCUGGCUUACAUGUUCUUGGUCCACACACUACAUUUUCUUUGUUGUGUUUGCCACAUUUAUAGCAGAUAGACACAUGAGAUGGGCUUUUUUUUUUUUUUUUUUUUUU